UGUCGCAGCCGCAGCUCAAGUGUCUCGCCUGCGCUGCUGCCACACAUUCAUCGUGAUGGCUGCCGUGUGGCGAGCUCGUAAAUUUGCCCGCUGUGUCGUCCGCUUCUCUGAUCGUGAUCUGUAAAAUACUCGCUGAAAGCACGACUUUAAACGCGACAUUAAAAGAGCGCGCAAAAUAAGCCAUUAUGGCUGAAAGCAAGCAAAACAAUGAUGAUGGCACUGUUGAAGAAGGGGAAGAUGAAAAUACAGAGGAUUCUAAUCUGCAAUUGGAGCUCAGUGCUUUUCGAGCAAAGUGGAUGUCUGAGCUUCAGCCCAGCUCAGGUGGAAAGAAAAGCAUCCCUAAAUCUGCUGACCUGAAGAGGAGACAGGAAAUCGCUAAAGAGGAAAAGGCCCGAGAGCUGUUCCUGAAGGCUGUCGAGGAAGAACAGAAUGGAGCAGUUUAUGAAGCCAUCAAGUACUAUAAGAGUGCAAUGCAUCUGGUACCGGACAUUGAGUUUAAGAUCAACUACAGCAGAACUCCUGAUCCGGACCGCAGUGGGAGCUACUUGGAGGACAAUUUGAACGAUCGGGAGAUAGACGAUCUACUGACGUACUUCCAACAGCUGCUGACGCUGGGGGACGGCACCAUGAAGCUGUGUGAGCCUGAGGCCGACACGACUCAGAUGCACAUCUCAGCUUUGCCCUUUGAGGUGCUCAUGUAUAUCUUCCGCUGGGUGGUGUCAUGUGACCUGGACCUUCGAGCCUUAGAGCAGCUUUCCCUGGUUUGCAGGGGCUUCUAUAUCUGUGCGAGGGACCCUGAGAUUUGGCGGUCUGCCUGUUUGAGGGUGUGGGGGCGGAGCUGCACCAAAAUGCUGCCAUUUUCAUCCUGGAGAGAGAUGUUUUUGGAAAGGCCACGUGUACGCUUUGAUGGUGUUUACAUCAGUAAAACAUCAUACAUCCGUCAGGGGGAAGAGUCUCUUGAUGGCUUCUACAGGGCUUGGCACCAGGUGGAGUACUACAGGUACUUGCGCUUCUUCCCUGACGGUCAGGUGAUGAUGUUGACAACACCCGAGGACCCUUUGGUCACCGUCCCAAGGCUGCGCAGCAACAACUCCAGGGUGGAUUCCAUCAUGUUUGGCCAUUAUCGGCUGUCCCAGGAUACGGACAAUCAAACCAAAGUUUAUGUUGUUGUCUCCAAGAGAAAAGAAGAGCAGAAGGUGGCAGAGUACCAGAGGAGCCGGUUCUGCAGGCGGAACCCAGCCCCCGAAGCAGAGCGCGCCUUCCAUGUAGGACUGCAGCUGUCCUCAGGGGGGCGGCAGCGCUUCAACAAGCUGGUGUGGAUCCACCAUUCCUGCCACAUCACCUACAGGUAUCCCACCAAUCUGCCUUCUCCAACACAUCUGACGAGUGCCAAUGAAAUUCCACCUGCCGUCUGUUCACACAAUCAUCGAGGACGCAUUGGCACAUCACCUAUCCACUGGAGAGACAGUCGUCACUGCAUUUGAUGUAGACAAAAUGUACACGCCUCUGUUUUUUGCACGAGUGAAGAGCUACACAGCCUUUUCAGAGCGUCCACUGUAGGACGACCCAAGCGAUGCAUGCAGUCACUCGACCCUUGACUCCUCAAGGUUUACACCUCACUGCCACCUCCAUCUGCUCUCCCUAUUGCUUCCAGCCCCAGGCUCUUUCUUAUGAAUGUACAAGAAUGGUGUGACAUUUUUAGAUUGCUACAGUCUUAACUGCAGCUCAAAACAUAAUGUUUUGUUUUCACGGUAGUGUAAAAUCUGUCUCACUCAUAUCGUAAAGAUAAAGAUACAAAAUAUAUAUAUAUAUAAGACUGUCUGCAAGAAGUUUUAAGUCAACUGUGAUGAAUGUUCACUUUGUUUUUGUGAAUUUCAGUGAGGGGAAUAUGCCUACUGACAACUGGAACACCCAAAUAAAUGAGCUAUAUUGUG